CGAACAGAAAUACAAGCUUGUAGUGGAUCUGCCGUUAUGGGUUCUACUCAACUGCCAGUUUGGACCAACGGAUCCGUUUUUCCUUUAAAAGGGUUUGGUAUGGGUGGAUGCUCAAACCAUGUUAAAUUUAGUUUAGUUAAACCCUGCCAAUCAUCUCAACUUGAAGAAAACUUAGUCAGUGGGAGGCCACCCUCUUCUGUGUUUAUUGCUGUGCCUGAAUUUGGAGUUAGUGAUCAUUCCGAGUUUGUUUUGCUUGAGUAUGUACCAUCCAUCUACGUCAGGAUGCCCAUGCGCUUGUGUGUAGAUAUGUCUAUUUACUGUUUAUUUCCUUUCUUCUUAAGUUAUGCAUAUGAUUCUGUUGUAGAACUUAUUCACUGGCGUGAAUUUGAAUUAUUAGGUGUUAGGAGUGUCUUUGCAGACUAUAACUUGAUGAUGGAAGCAGUUGGUUCUUGUUUAACUAAUAAAUACCCUGAAGGGCUACCAGGCAAGAGGUACUACGGUGGCAAUGAGUACAUUGAUGAACUUGAAGUUCUUUCUCAAAAGAGAGCUCUUGCAGCAUUUGGUUUGGAUGCACAGAAAUGGGGUGUAAAUGUUCAACCAUUAUUUGGUUCUCCGGCUAAUUUUGAGGGAUUGGAUUUAUCUCAUGAAGGACAUUUAUCCCAUGGGUUCAUGACUCCUAAGAGAAAGGUUGCAAUGUUGAUUCAUAGUUAA